UUGCCAUCUGCAAAAUGACCUGCGAUUGACUGAUUGUAUCAAUUUUUCAAACUUUUCUUCAAGUGCCGCCUAUUUUAUCAGCAUUACAAUACUCUACUUGAGAGGUUGAUAAUAAUGAGAACGCAAUUUCAUGUGAUCGCCUUCACACAGUUUACUAGUUUUUUUCUUUGGGAGUAACACGGUUUAAUUAGUGAACGAAGCAGGAGAGUUGAAAAGGCUUCAACAUGGGUGACUUGUUCAGAAGCGAGGAAAUGGCUUUGGUCCAAUUUUUCGUCCAACCCGAGGCUGCUUAUCAUAUCGUCGCUGAUUUAGGAGAAGUUGGAUGUGUCCAGUUUAGAGACCUGAACGAUGAAGUCAAUCUAUUUCAACGCAAAUUCACCAGUGAAGUGAAGAGGCUGAAUGAGAUGGAGAGACAACUCAGGUACAUCGAAGCGGAGAUUAAGAACAGCGAAAUCCCCAUCCAGGAUCUGUCUGAAAUGCCCAAAGCCCCAAAUCCGCGAGAAAUCGUCAACCUGGAGGCCCACUUGGAGAAGACCGAGCAAGACAUUCGCAAAAUGUCAGCAGCAGGCGCCACUUUGAAGAAGGAGUACAUCGACUGCAUUCAUCAAAAAUACGUCCUGCUGAAAUCCCAGGCGUUUUUCCACCAGCAGGAAGAGGCCCUCAACAGCGACUACCUACCCGAAGAGCUGAGGCAUGCCUCCCAAUUAGGCUUCAUUGCUGGGGUGGCCAACAAAGACAAGCUCUACCCGUUGGAGCGGCUUCUAUGGCGGAUUAGUCGAGGAAACAUCCUCCUGCGCCAGGCAGACAUCGAUGAACUAAUCGAAGAUCCGAUCACGGGCGUUGAGACGAGGAAAGCCGCCUUCAUUGUGUUCUUCCAGGGCGAGAAUCUCGCCACCAAAAUCCUGAAAAUUUGCAGCGGAUUUAAAAUUACCAUCGUAAACGUUCCUGCUGAUGCCGCUUUAAGGGACGGUCUGGUCAAGGGCGUGGCCGCAGAAGUGCUGGACCUGAAGAUGGUGAUCAGCCAAACUGAGGACCAUCGCAGGCGGAUUUUAGUGUCUGUGGCCAAGGAGAUCCAGAGCUGGAUCAUCAUCGUCUACAAGAUGAAGGCCAUUUACAACACGCUCAACAUGUUCAGCCAGGACAUCAGCAGGAAGUGCUUGAUUGCUGAGGGCUGGGUGCCCAAGAAGGAUCUGGUUUUCGUCGCCCGGGCCUUAUCGGAGGGAUUUGACUCAGGCGGAAGCUCAGUAGCGUCGUUUUACAACGUGUUGGACACCCAGACCACUCCUCCAACGUUCAAUCGAACCAACCGCUUCACCCAGGGGUUUCAGAACCUGAUUGCUUCCUACGCCUUCUCCUCCUAUAGGGAACUGAAUCCAGCACUCUACACCAUUAUCACGUUUCCCUUCCUGUUUGCGAUCAUGUUCGGCGAUUUGGGGCACGGGGUGAUCGUCACCUGCUUUGGAAUCUGGAUGGUUUUGUCGGAGAAGAAAAUUGCCGCCCAGAAGGGCAAGAACGAGAUAUUUUCCAUAUUUUUCGGCGGCAGAUACAUCAUACUGCUGAUGGGCAUUUUCUCGAUGUACACUGGGUUUAUCUACAACGACGUGUUCUCCAAGUCGAUGAACAUCUUCGGCACCAAAUGGAAAGUGAACAGCACAAACCUGAAGCAGAGCGGCAUUUCGUUCUUCGAGGAUAACGACACUCUGGUGUCUUUGGUGCCGCUCUACAGCUAUGCAGGAUCGCCGUACUUUGCCGGAUUGGACCCCGCUUGGCAG